AUGUCCGGAUCAAUAUCAGUGACGCUGGAGCUGUCCGGCGGCGCAGAGCUCAUGUUUGCCAACACGCGACUGCACACGCUCGAGAUUCCUGCCGAUCUGACUCUGCAGUCGUUCCUGCUCUACCUGGCAGACGAGAAGAUGACCGACAAACGAAGAGACUUGUUCAUUCAGGGUGAUACAGUACGGCCCGGAAUGUUGGUGCUGAUCAACGACGCUGAUUGGGAGCUCGAAGGCGAGGGCGAAUACGUGAUACAGGACCGAGAUGUCAUCCACCUCAUCAGCUCUCUGCACGGUGGAUAA